AUGGAAAGUCAACAUUUUAUUUUACAGUUUAUACCCAUUGCUGUCAAUGGCAGCACGCCGGAUAAUCUGACGUGGAUUAAUGUUUGCAAUCUGGAGGAGGCAUGCAGAAUCUUGAAAAUAGGAAAUAAGAACCGAAGUCUUGCAUGUACUAAACUUAACCAGCAGUCAAGCAGAAGCCAUAGCAUAUUUUCUGUGAAACUUCUGAGGAUCAGUAAAGAGGAUAACCCACAAGUGCUUAGAAUUUCACAGCUGUCACUUUGUGACUUAGCUGGAUCAGAGCGUUGUAAUAAAACUGAGACCAUUGGAGAUCGACUGAAAGAAGCCGGGAAUAUCAAUAACUCGCUUCUUAUUCUUGGCAAGUGCAUAGCAGCACUGAGACAGAACCAACACACAAAGGUGAAGCAGAAUUGCAUUCCUUUCAGGGAGAGCAAACUGACACGUCUAUUUCAAGCAUUCUUUUGUGGCAAAGGCAAAGCCUGCAUGAUCGUUAAUAUAAACCAAUGUGCGUCUUUGUACGAUGAAACUUUGCAUGUGAUGAAAUUUUCAGCUGUUGCAAGGCAGGUGGUACAGACAAUCCAGCCCAAAUCCCUCACUUUUCUUACUCCUCGGCUGGUUGGGAAAGAUGGCAAGCCUAUUUCCAAGACGGAAUCUGUUGAUGCCCUUUCUGAAACAUACAUUUCAGAUGAUGACCUCCUAGAUUCAGAAGAUGAUGUUGAUACCUCAAUCCUGGAGAGUAAGGAUCUUCUAAAAAUCAUUGACAGCUUAAAGGAGAAAUUAAUAACAGAACGUCAGAAUAAAUUGGUACUCGAGGCACAGAUCAGAAAUGAGAUGGGAGAAGCAAUGUUACAACAGCUGAUGGAAACUGAGGAGAUGUGGAGCAAACGACUUGAAGAACUGAAAGAAAGCUAUGAAGAGAAGAUGGACUCCAGAUUCGAUAUGUACAAAGAGGCCGUAAAGCGACAUGCCCGUCUAAGUGCUCAGAAAGAAGUGACGCAGAACUAUGUCACAAUGGAAGAAUUUCUUGCAGAACAGAAAAAAGUCCUGGAAAGAGAUAGGAGGAUAUCCAUGCUAGAGGCAGCCCUAGAUGCUUGUCGUGAUCCUGAGGGUAUGUCGUCAUUUUUUGGCUGUUCAAUGCUAAAGGAGACUGAACCAUGUGACACUGUGUUAAAUGAAGCAAUGAUGGAGAAGGACUUGGAUACAGAGUGCGAUCACAAGGAACUGUGCAGUAUUGUAGCAGAACUGGAACAACAAUGUGAAAAGAAAGACAAGGUUAUAGAAACUUUAAGAACAGAAAUUGAACAGCAGUCUAAAUCAUUACAUGCCAUAGAACAGACACUGAAGGAGAAAAUUGUCGAAACUGAUGACAUGAAGAAAACAAUGGAAGAAAAGGAAAUUGGUUUCAAAUGUGCAAAACAAACUGAUGCAGAACGCAUUCUUGAAUUAGAGAACAGCAUUUCAGAACUUAAAGAAAUAUUGGAUGCGACCAAAAAGGUGGACUUGCCAUCAGAUAAUGAUGUCCCACCAAAACGUAAGAAGGGAUUGUUUGCAAAUCUGAAGUCUUCAAUGGCUGCUACUUCACCCAAACGGUAUGCUCUGCGCCAAGCGCUCUCAAAGUCUGUCUUGGAUACACCAACUAGUUCCAGAAAACAAAAAGGCCAGAAGGUGGAUGAGCAAAACAUUUAAAUAAAGGCAAACAGUUUAGUGAAAGCUGAUCAUGACCUUAUGGACUCUGUAGUUUUACAAGUUUACAGGGGAGUACUUAAAAUGUGACACACAAAUUUUACAAAGAAGUCUCAUCAGUAUUUAUGCUUUUUUAUUUAUAUAAUUUGUUCAUUUUUAAGUAUUAGUAUUUUAGGCUAUACUAGACCACAAAUUUAUUCUUGGUAAGUUUCUAAAACAUGCUGAGUUUCAAGACCAUGAAAAGAAGCUGGAAAUGAUUAACUAAAAACUUUGAGAUCAAAUAACAGUGCACCAACUUAACUUUUAAUCUGACAACUCACCAAAAGCCAUACAUUUUAAUUGCAUUCUCUUGUAUUUCCUAUGAUGAGUAAUUGAAUUAAUAUAUAAAUAAAGGAAAUUGUGGUGGGCUCUGUCUCCCAGUAGCUCUCAAUUUUUGUGAUUUGAAUCUAAUAUAUAAUUGACUGGAUGAUAAAGCAUCAUACACACACACAAAUACGACAGGUGGCAUCAGGAAUAUAAGCUAUCAGACAGCUGCCCAUUUGGGCAUUUACUGUUGGUUGGAAAGGUGCUUCACAGGAAAUAUGACUGAAUGUAAUGCAUACCUCAGAAAAAUAAUUAAUAUCAAUACUUAGCAUUUUACAUUGUCAGGCCUGGGAUAUUGGUGCAGUUUGUCUGGAAACGGUUCUUCCAGCUGAAAGCUACACCGCAUGUUUUUUAAGUGUCUUCUAUUCCCUAUUGUGAUGUCAGUGUUAAGCAGUUUUAUAAUACUGUCUUUACUAUUUUAAAUGAAUUAGUGUAACAUUUAGAUUUCUUAUUUAAAUAUAUCAAUUCUGUGCAUCCAGAAUUGAAUUUAUGCAAUUAUUCCAUGGACUGUUUUUCAAAUAAAGUUUAAAUUUUGGAUUAC